AUGUCACCCCCGUCGUUCUAUGACGGUCAAUUCGACUCGUGUUACGCCGGCCCGUGCCCCGCGGGAUUGCCGCUGGCGGGUUCCCCUUCCCCGCCAUUGUUGGACUCCCCGCCUCCCCCCAACCCCGUCCAUUAUUUCGCGCAGCCGCGCCCGCCAACGCACCUUCCGCCUAGCGCGCACAACGGCAUGGCGCAAAUGCUUCCGCAAAUACCUCACCAUCUCCCGCCGAACGCGCACGAGAUGGCAGCUGCGCAGGGAAUGCCUGCGCUCUUGCCGCCGUCGGCGCAGCAGUUGCAAGGAGCGCACGGAUAUUGCGGCGGGGACCUCUGCGACUUGGAAGACCCGUCGUACUACUCGACGCUAUUGUUCCGACCGGACCAGCAAGUCGUAGUGCUCACGUCGCGGAUUAAGGACAAGGUAUCGGCGCAGGAGAAGACGCGGUGGUUGGACCAGCAACUAUCGUACCGCCAGUGCCCCUACCCCAUUCGACACAUCGAGUUCACUCACUCAGGCGAUGCCGUCGUCGAAUUCGUGUCCAAUGUCGCAAUGGCCAAGUCGCUGAAGCAGUCGUCGCUCAAGUGGGGUCGCCCGGCGUCGCAGGACGUCGCCACGCGGCCGUGCACGGAGGACGACAUUCGCGCGCUCUUCUGGGUGGGCGUCGCGGCGACCGGCGCGACGAGCGCAUCGCUGCUGGAGCUGCUGCCGCAAGUCAGACAGGCCUUGCAGCAAUUCGGCGAAGUGAGAGGGGAGUACGCGCCCCAUCCUUCCUCCUCGGACCCCAGCACUCCCCCGCACCUGCGCGCCCCCCCGCCGUCCAUGCUCAAGCUCUACUUCGCGCCGUCUGGCCGCCGCCGCCUCCCGCCCUCUAUCCACGUGUCGCGGCCUGAUAGGCCUAAGGGAUUCCCCCCCAUGAUAGCCCGCGUGUUCACGCCGCACGGGCACGGCCCGCUGGCGGUUAAGUGCGCGGACUUUGGCCCCUUCCACUCUGAGUACGGCUGCCCUGACUGCUGUAGCCGCCACUUCAACGGCUGGGGCGCCUAG